GUUAGUCGCGGAGGGCGGGCCUUCCCCGGGGAUUCCGUUCGGACCAAAUUUUUUUUUUUAUUUGAGCGCCUUUUGUGAAUCUGGUGCUGAAUGUACUAAGCGUCGGAGGAGCAGGUGCGUGGAGCCGCGGACGAGUCACUCCGUGUGUGUAUCUAGUGUCGUGUAGCCCUUGCCCUGGUCCCGGAGGGUGGGUCGUCUCUGCCUAAAUGUGUGCUUUUCUGGAGGCGUGCAGGGCUGCAGAGGCUGCAGGGGCCAGGCUUUCCCACCGUCCCCGGAGUGCGGCUCCCUGGUAAGGUCGCGUCUCUCCUGCCUCUGCAACCUUCCGCCGACCAUAUAAGGAGAGGCAGCUGCCGGGGCGUCACUCACCAGGAUCUAAAGAUAGUGACCCCGGACUCGGACUCCCAACGCCACUGGGUUGCGGGGGCCGCCAUGGCACGUCUUCCCUCUCCCACCCCUGUGAAGCCCCACCUCAACUCCUCUUCAGGCAGCAUGCCCGGACCCUGUGGUAUGACAGGCCCAGGUACGUGUUCAUGGAGUUUUGUGUUGAGGACAGCACCGAUGUCCACGUGCUCUUAGAAGACCACCGCAUUGUGUUCAGCUGCAAGAAUGCGGAUGGAGUGGAGUUGUACAAUGAGAUUGAGUUCUACGCCAAGGUGAACUCCAAGGACUCCCAGGAUAAGCGCUCUGGCCGCUCCAUUACUUGCUUUGUGAGGAAGUGGAAGGAGAAAGUGGCCUGGCCUCGGCUCACCAAGGAGGAUAUCAAGCCAGUGUGGUUGUCUGUGGACUUUGAUAACUGGAGAGACUGGGAAGGGGAUGAAGAGGUGGAGCUGGCUCAGGUGGAACAUUACGCAGAGCUUUUGCAGAAGGUCAGCACCAAGAGACCUCCCCCUGCCAUGGACGAUCUGGAUGAUGAUUCUGACAGUGCCGAUGCGACAAGUAGUUAACUUCUGCACGGUAGACCUGUGGAGGAAGCUGUGGCUGUCUUCCAGUCCUUCUGACAAGCUAGGGCCUAGACCUUUGUCUAGCUGUUUGGCUGAGCACCAAGGUCCUCUGGGAUCUCAGAUCUUUCCUCAAAGCUCUUAAUUAAGUGUCCUCCUUCAUGCUUUAUUUCUUUUCCCUAUGCAUUUAACUAUGGCUGCUACAUCAGAUGGCAGACUAGCAGAGGAGUAGACUGGUGGGACUGCUGACCUCCUGCCAACUAGCUAUAAUCUCUAUGUUUGGGCUGCUCAUCAGGGCUCUCGAGUAUGUGUGUAUGUGGUAGAGCAAAAUCUAAAGAAGUAGCAUAUAGAUUGUAAUAAAUCUCUAGGAACUGGU